AUGUGGUUACUUACGCUCAUACUCGACUAUGGGGCUCCGCCAUUGCUCGUCCUUUCCCCAGUUCUUUCAUACUCGGAUCAAAUUAUGAGCAUACACAGGAAGAAAACUUCGGCGGGGUUCUCGUUGGAUAUACCAUUGAUUAUGCUCGUAGCGUCUAUUUUCAAGAUAUUCUACUGGUUUGGAGCAUAUUAUUCAGUCCCUUUACUAGUACAGGCGAUAUCAAUGAUUGCUGUGCAAGUCAUCCUUCUCAAAGUCGCCCUAGACAAUCGACCGUCAUCUGGUAUCGAACAUACUCCGUUCAACGGUCAAGGGUCCGAGUCCGGAUUUGUCAGACCAUAUAGGUUCUGGCAGUGGAAGACAGCUCGCCCAUACUGGACCUUUCUCGUUUACUUUACACUAUCCCUCCUUGCCAUCCACAUCCUCCUUCCUCCAGUCUCAAAUUCCCACGCAUACAUAGAGCUACUCGGAUUCAGCGGACUCGGUAUCGAAGCCUUCCUACCAAUUCCUCAAAUUAUCUCUAACCAGCGUUCACGAUCAUGCGAAGGUUUCCGUCCUUCUGUUCUCGUCUCCUGGCUGCUUGGAGAUGCCAUGAAAAUGAGCUUCUUCUUUUUCAGUGGUAGUUCAAUUCCCUUGGCGUUCAGGAUAUGCGGAGUGUUUCAGUGUUUAUGCGACAUUUAUCUAGGUUUUCAAUUUUAUACGUUUGGGGACUGGCGCUCAUGGACAACUAAUGAUCUUCCUUCUCUCAAUCGAUGGGGCAUGAAAUCAACAGACGUGCAAAUGACACAAAGAGCAAGGAGUGACUCGUUUUAG